CUCAGCUCACUUCAUACCAAGGUGUAAGCUUCCAACAUGUCCGCAAUCGCAAAACAAGCUAGUCAGACACAGGCUGCACUUGCCGGAGCUGAGCAGCCUCUGACACCGACCUUCACCCUAAAGGACUAUGGGAUCUUCUUCACUGCUGGGGCACUAUGUUGCACGAUCACACACGGAGGGAUGACCCCGAUCGACGUGAUCAAAACGCGUAUCCAGAUCGACCCCGCCCUCAAGGGACAUUCCCUCCUCUCCGGCGGGAGGAAGAUCGUCGCUGCCGAAGGGCCCGCCGCUCUCCUUACGGGCUUCGGGCCUACGGCGGUAGGGUACCUUAUCCAAGGAGGAGCGAAGUUCUCGGGGUAUGAGUUCUGGAAAAAGACGUUCACAGAUGCGGUGGGGAGUAGGGAGGAGGCUGUCAAGUAUAGGACGGCGAUCUACUUGGGCGCGUCGAGUGUUGCUGAGUUUUUUGCUGAUAUCCUCCUCACUCCACUUGAGGCGACCCGGAUUCGUAUGGUCAGCGAGCGAGGGUAUGCUACGGGCCUUGUAUCGGGCUUUACCAAGCUCGCUGCCGAAGGUGGGCUGGGCACGCUAUACGCGGGUUUCUUGCCCAUAUUGUUCAAGCAGAUCCCCUACGCUAUCGGCCAGUUCACAGUGAAUGAGUUCUGCCACGAGGCAGUCUACCGCCGGCUUUCCGAAGAAACGCGCAACACCCUCUCCGGCACAUCAAAGUUCGCGAUCGCCCUCGGUUCGGGCAUUACAGCCGGCUUCGCAGCCGCUAUCCUGUCACACCCGGCGGAUACGUUACUCAGUCAGAUUAACAAAGGACACGGACCGAAGGGGAGCAUGCUCUACCGUCUUGCGACACUGGCGAGGGAGGCAGGGCCAGCGGGGCUCUUCGCCGGACUGGGGCCGAGGAUGAUAAUGACUGCUGGGCUGGUUUCGGGCCAGUUCUUGUUAUAUGGAUGGAUAAAGAAUAGCAUGGGAGGUGCACCGGGUGUGGAGAUACACAAAGAGAACAGCGUAGCGCCUCCCUCCAGGGGCGGACACUAG